UUUCCAUAGAGAUACAGUUGUGGAUAGCAAAGCGCUAGCUCGAUGAAGCUCUUUUAUAUGCACAAAGACAAGCAGUAGCAGAGAUGUCUGAGUUUGCUGAGGAUGAGGUGGAGUUGCAGUCCUUGGUUAAGCAGUUUCUGAGAAGCAUCAGUGACAAGAUCUCUAGUGCUCCUUCACCUGAAUGUGCUGAAGAGAUCCUUCUUCACCUAGAGGAGACUGACAAGAACUUUCACAAUUAUGAGUUUGUGAAGUACCUCCGUCAAUAUGUGGAGAACGCUUUAGGAUCUGUGGUUGAAGAGGAAACAAACAACUUGACCAGAGAAGAUCGACAACAUGCAAUUGGCUCGGGACACGACACUCUGAUUCACGCAGUGACACAAAGGACUAGAUACUCAGCUGAGUACCAGCAGAUGAUACACACCUUAAAAAACACCAUGAUAACAGUUGUGGAGUCUUUAAAAAACAAGUCUGAGGAGGACCAGCUGAGAAAGGAGGAGACGCACCAAGAGAAGCAGCAUAGGCAGUCCAACAUCCAGUUCACUGACAACUGCUCUGACAGUGGCUCGUCCUUCAGUCGGAGUUAUGGAUUCUUUAGACAAGAGCAGCUGCAAAUUUUGGCUGAAAAGCUUGACUCCAGCAAGCCCAAAGAGGUGCGUUGGGAGGCUCUGAAGGUCCUCUGCCGUGCUCCUACAUCUGAUGUGCUUAGCUGUGAGAGCUGGAGCAGCCUGCGUCUGAACCUCUGCGUAGCUCUGAGCGAGCCGGAUCCCGACCUCAGUGAUAAUGCGCUGCGAUUCUUUGCUAAAAGCCUCUCAUCCUCUCCUCUGAAUGUGACACGAGAAAUUUACACAAGCCUGGCUAAAUCUGUGGAGUCAAGUUUUCUGUCCCAUAAGCUGAGCUUUCCAAGUGGCUCAGCUACCAUUGACGUUAACAGGCCUGAGAUCAGUCGUCUCCUCAAGCAGAUUCGACUGAUGAAUGAUUUUCAAAAGGAGGUGACUAACUUCUGGAUACGUCAUCCAGAGAAAUACAUGGAAGAAGUUAUAGAAAACACCUUUUCCCUGCUGUCCUUCCAUCACGAACAUGGCUCACCAGGAACUGAGAGAGUCCUGGAACCAGUUCACUUACUGGCUUUACUGGAUGUAAAAGCCACUUGGUUUAAAAAGUGGAUGCAUGGCUACUACAGCAGGGCUGUGAUUCUCAGACUCCUGGAGAGAAAAUACAAGUCUGUGGCUGUAGCAGCUCUUCAGCAGUGCAUCAAGUACAAUGAGUCCUGUGAACGUUUCACAAAUGAGACAACUGAGUCAGGGGAGCAGCGGAGCAUUGGUUUGGUACAGAGGAGUGUUUAUUCUGGAAAAGAGCUCGAGUAUUGCUGCUUUGUUCACUCUCUGUGUGUCCUAGGGAAGCUCAUCAUCUACACCAAUGGAAAAAAGCUCUUUCCCAUCAAAAUAAGGAAAUACAAAGAUCCUGUUACCCUGACAGACCUCGUUGUCAUCCUGCUUAACAUAAUGUAUAAACACCCUAGACCUCUGGACAGGGAUUCCUCACACACAGGUUCAGACGUCCUGUCGCCCAGCACCCUUGUGAUGGAGGUGCUUUGGAUGCUAUGUGAACAGACAGAAUGCGCUACAGAGUGUCUCUAUCAGACUCCAGUUAUAGAGAAGCUACUAACUCCUGUUAUAGCGCUGCUCAAUGGACAGAAGGCUGAGUUAAAGUCUCCUGCAGCAACCCUGAGUCUCAUUGCAGAUAUUCUGGCUCGUAUUGCAAACACAGACAGAGGAUUAGCGCUCUUCUUAUUUGAGAAGAAUCUCGUCGCAGCCCACAGUGAGAGAACCUUUGCUGCUCAUAUCAUCAUACAGUUCACCCAGAGGCUGCUCGACAAGGAAUUGCCAUCGUUGUGUGAAUCUGAUAUGCCCCAUUCAUUAUGUGGAGCCUUUAUUUUAGUUUGUCGGCAGAUGUACAACACCUGCGAGGGUCUGCAGGUUCUACGACCCUACGGCCUGCACAAAGCUUUAGCUGCUGCGUGGAAAAAGACCAGCUCGCUGUCAGAAAGGGUUCAGACUCCAGUACCUGGAGCUGGCGCUGGAUCAUCUACCCAAGAGCUGCAGAACAUGCUCAUUUGGGAGGAGACAUUAUUGGACAGUCUGUUGAAUUUUGGUGCCACUCCAAAAGGCCUUCUGCUGCUCCAGCAGACAGGAGCCAUUAAUGAAUGUGUCUCCUACAUGUUCUCUCGCUUUACCAAAAAACUUCAGGUGAGCAGCUGCGAGAAGUUUGGCUACGGGGUGAUGGUGACACAGGUGGCAGCAACUGCUCCGGGAGUUGUGGCUCUGCACAGUUCAGGCUUUAUACGGGCCCUGGUACUAGAGCUGUGGUCUGUUCUUGAGUGCAGCAGUGACGACGUCAGAGUGGUCCGUCCCAAACCAACUCCCAUUGACCCCAUAGAUAGGAGCUGCCUUAAGUCCUUCCUGUACUUGGUCAACCUCCUCUCUUCUUCCCAGUCGGUGUGGGAGUUGCUGGGCCGGCAGCCUUUGGCCAACAAAAGCGAAUACACCCUGAGGGAGAUGCCAACCUCCAUACCUGAUUUGAUUGACAGACUGAUUGCCGUGAAUUCGGAUGUGAAGAUUCAUUCUCUCUUCCGCUACGAAGAGAGUCACACAUUCGGCCUGAGACUACUUAACGUGCUCUGCUGUAAUCUGGACUCCUUUCUGCUGUUGGAGAGCCAAUAUAGCAUCUGCUCCAUGUUGCUGCAGAGUCAAAUGCGGAACGUCACUGACCCAGACUCCAGUGAGGGGACUAUCAUCAUAGACAGUCUGUCAGUGGAGAGGAACCAUGUGCUGGUUCGUGUUAGUGUCGUUGGAGGACCAUCUGAGAGGAGGCUCCCUCCUCGAGACUUGCAAGAGGGAGAAGGAGAACAUCCUUACCCCUGGCCCUGGUUUUCAUGCUAUCCCGUACCUCGCUGCUACACUUUGGAUCCACCAGACAUCCUACAUACCUCACCGGACUCCGAGAUCAGUGCGUUUCUGUCUUCAUGGAAAGAUCCAAAGAAUGACGGAAGCUGGGUGGAAGCCUGCCGAACGUUGUACUGUAAAGUCAUGGCGUCAAAACCCAACGUGUUAACUGGAAAGGUGCUGGCUGACCUUCUGGAGAAAGUUGUAGCCCAUCUAUCCAAUUCUGCUUCAGAGUGCUUCUUCUCUCCAGCUCCGUACAAAGCAGAGGAGAAGACUGUGAAGAAUGCCGUAUUAUCAUCUGUGGAACAGCUGGGAAUCAACACCUGUCUGAAGUAUGGGAUUUACCUUGGGCUGCUGAAAGAAGAAGCUGCAAAUGACCUAGCUCUGCUAAUUAAGCAUGUGAAGAUCUUCUUGUCCACACAGAGAGUUGAAACUUCAUCAGAACUCAUAACUCACCAGGAAGGUUAUCCAGGUCAUGACUGGCUAGCCUCUACAGUGUUCCUCAUCAUGGCCGGAAACAUGGAAAAGUCUUUAUGUUUGUUAGUCAGUCUCUCCUCCCUGCUCACCUCUGCCUUCAUCUGGCCAGCCAGGAUACAUGCAUCGAUCCAUUUUUCUAAGGAAGUGGCUGAAUCAGGAAUCCCUCCUGUCUACUGGUGCACAGCUCACUACGUGGAGAUGCUGCUGAAAGCUGAAGUUCCUCUAGUCCACUCUGCCUUCAAGAUGUCUGGUUUCACCCCAUCACAGAUGUGCCUCCAUUGGCUGACUCAGUGUUUCUGGAACUACCUGGACUGGACAGAGAUCUGCCACUAUAUUUGCACCUGUGUGGUGAUGGGUCCUGACUACCAGGUUUACAUGUGUGUGGCCAUAUUUAAGCACUUGCAACCAGACAUCCUGCAGCACACACAGUCCCAGGAGCUACAGAUCUUCCUCAAAGAAGAGCCAAUCCAGGGCUUCAGUUUUACCAACCACCUGGAGUUUAUGGGUGACCUGGAGCACAAAUACAGGGACAUUGUUCUGGCUGAUAUGAAAAUGAUUUGAAGUUAAUGUCACAGUUUGCCGAGGCAAACUGCGUGGAGUGUGAAGAGUGGACCCAGGUGCAGACAUUGUAAAACUCAAACUUAACUGAUGAGCUGUUUAUUAAGGCAGACAGAACAGUACAAAAUAAAAGAGCAAACAAUGCGAACUAAGCAAUAACCUAAACUGGGUAAACUAGAAAGGAAGCAUGAAAAACCCUGGCAAACAGAAAAACAAA